AUGGGCAAACAUCGCAAGAAAAAAGGUAGAAAAAACAAGCAUCAGCAACCUUUACCACCUUUGGGGGAAGAGUUUAAGUAAGAUUUAUAUUUGGAAGGUAUCAAAAUUUAAUAAUUAAAAAAGCUUUGGAAGGCAUCAAUAAAUUAAAACUUUCAAAAGAUCUUUUCCUUUAGAAAUAAGUAAAGGAAGCUUAUUUGUUAUCAAAAACAUGGUUGGAUACUUGGAAAAUGCAUGUUGGGUUUGAUGCUGUUUUGAAAGGUGAAAAACCAGGAGGAAAGAAAUAUGGAAGAUAAUCAAUUGGAGAGAUUAAUAAAGAUAUAAUAGCAAAUGAAGAUGAAUUUCAUGCGGCUCCAGAAUUACAUUUUUACUUUAAUCCUCCUUUGAAUGAUGUCAAACCUGAAAAAGAUUACAUUCUUGUUACGUAAGAUGUUUGGGAAUUCUUUUAUGAAAAAUACAAAGGACAAGUUGUAAGAAGAUUAGCAAAUGAGGAAGGAGAGUUUAAUUUAAAGAUUAUAAGUGUAAUUUUUAGUUUAUAUUCAAGCCUCAUGUAAUAUUUAUGACUCAAGAGAAAAUAAAUGAAAUUAUUUCACUGAAUUAAAAUUAAUUAAUCAAUUCUCUAGAUUCAUUAAGAAUGAAGAAAGUUUAAUUGUUUAGCGAUUGGAAAUUUGUAGACUUGGAAACCUAUUGUUAAUAAGUUAUGAAAGUUAUUGAUAUAUAAAUUUGGUUAAUGAAUCCUAUUUAUGAACACAAUCAGAUUAAAUUACAACUAAUAAAGGCAAUCAAUCAAAAGAAAAAUACUUUAUUAGGUGAAUAAUUAUUAGAAGCAGAAUUUUAAUAGUUUUAAUUAUCACAGUUUUUAAAAAACCAUUUUAUGUUGGUUAUUUUUUAAGAUAAUAUUGAAUUAUCAUAAUUAGAUGUUAAAUUUGAAUUAAAUCAAAAUGGUUGUUGUUUUACUUGUGGAUAGAAAGCUUUGUUAAACUAUUCCUGUUCUUGCAAGAAAGUAUUUUAUUGUAGUGAUACUUGCAGAUAUAAGGAUUAAGAAUUUCAUUCAAAAAACUGUUUAAAAGCUUAUGAUUCACAAGAUGAUGAAGAUUUUGAUGCAAUAACUUAUGAAACUAUUAUUGCUAAAUAAGGAGUAGGUUUAGUAAAUUUAGGCAAUACUUGUUAUAUGAAUUCAUCUCUAUAAAGUCUAUUUAGUUCAACCCAUUUUUAAGAAUUUCUCUCAAAUAAAUUAUAUUGGACAUAAAAUACAAUCAAACGAAAUGUGCAACUUAAUUAUAAGUUAGAAAAGCUAUUAAAAAAUCUAUUGACUUAAAAUAAAGCAUUUUCUCCUUAUAGUUUUAGAUUAUAAUUGGCUAGAAAAUAUCCUUUUGUAAACAAUUUCAUCUAUCAAUUAGUUUGGAAAUAACUUUUAACAAGAUGCUGCAGAAUUUAUUCUAUAUCUAUUGGAUGCUUUGAAUGAAGAAUUGAUCUAUAAAGAGGAUCAAUAGAAAUCUCAAUUAGAAUUAUAAUUAUAAAAUUUAGAAGAUGUUGAAUAGACAGAACCUGAAUAAUUAAAUAGUGAUAGUGAAGAUGAAAGUAGUGAAGAAUAGGAAAAUCCAGAAACUUAACAAAUAUAAUAGCAAUAAAUAUAAUUCCAUAAAAAAGUUUAAUAAAAUGUAUUUUAAUUAUUAUAAAUAUUAGUAAAUCAAUAAUGAUAACUAUGAAUAAGCUUUGGAAUAAAUACAUAAAUUAAAUAGUUCAAUUAUCAUUAAAAAUUAUUUAGGAAUUACUAGAUCAGAAAUUGAAUGUCCAAUUUGUGAGUAAAAAACAUAAAGUUAUGAACAAUUUUUGAUUUUGCCACUAUCUUUAAAUGCUAUAUCCUAAUCUAAAAAUUUAGUUGAUGUAUUUGUUAUAUCAAAUGAUUGGUAUUCACCUUACUAAAAAAUUGUUUAUGAAUUUCAAUCCAAUCAAACAUUGUUAUAAGAUGUAAAAAGAGAUAUUGGAGAAAAAUUGGGAAUUGAUGCAACAUAUUUAUUAGGAGCCAUGUGUUCAAAUAGCAUAAUAGAUAUGUAUCUAUUUCAUGAUGAGGAUCAGCUAUCAAAAAUACUUAAUGAUAAUUAAAAUAGCUAUUUCUGUUUAUUUUAAUUAGAUCAAAGCAUUUAUUCAAUAACUGAUGAGGAUCAAUAUUUUGAUGUGAUGAUAUACUCAUUUGAAAAAAGGAAUGCAUUCUCCUAUUAAUGUGAAAAUAUUUGUGCAGCCAUUCCUAAAAUUUUAAUAGUGAAGAAACAAUUUACUGCAAUUCAGAUUUAUCAAUAAGUUUGGAAUAAACUUGGAGAAUAUUCAAAAUCAGAUAAAUUAAUGAAUAUUUAAAUAGAUGAACCUUAAUAGGAAAACUUAUUAAAUUCAUAAUAGCUUAAUGAAAUCUUAAAUUACUAAAUAAUGAUUCAAACAAAAUUACCAUCUAAAACAUUUUGUCCAUUUACAUGUGGUAAAUAAUUCAAAAAAGAUUAAAAAAAUCAUUAAUGUGAAUUACCUUUUAAUAAUUCUACUUCUUUGUCUUAAUACUUGUAAAAAAUCAAUUAUAAUAAUGCCCAUACUUCAUUAUCAAUAGAGUUUGGUGAAAAAGCAAUUCCAAAUCCUUUAAGAAUAGAAUUUGAACCAAAAACAAAUUAUUAAAAGCAUGAUAAAUGUAAAAAUUUAAAAAUGUUUGUUAGCAUUAAAUCUAUAAGAUUUAAUUAAAAAUUUUUAGUCUAAUGAACCUUUAUUGGAUGAAAAUGCUUAUCAUUGUACAAAAUGCAACGAUUUAACUUUUGCAAUAAAAACAAUGAGCCUGUAAAAACUUCCAGAUUAAUUGAUAAUUUAACUAAAGAGAUUUUAAUAUGAUGAACUUAAGGGAUAUUAGAAAAAUAAUAUUUUAGUUACUUAUCCUGAAAACUUAACUAUAAAUUAAAUUAAUUAUGAAUUAUAUGGAGUAGUGUAGCAUAUUGGAGGAUUAGACAAUGGUCACUAUAUAUCUUAUGGUAAAAGAUAAAAAAAAUGGAUUGAAUUUAAUGAUGAAUCUACAAAAGAAGUAUAAAAAAACGAUGUAAUAAAUGAUAAGAAUGCCUAUAUUCUAUUUUAUUAAUAGAAGUGA